AUGUCCGACUCCCACUCUCACGAGCACACCCACGAUGACGGCCACUCCCACUCCCACGACCAUACCGCUCCCCCCAACGACGACUGGAAGACCACCGGCGUCCGCGUGAUCCCCGCCGACUCGCUGGACAGCAACACUGCGCAAACGCCCGGUAUGGAUCGUGCUGCUGCCAUCAACUUUGCUCGGGUGGGAGCACAGAAGAUCUGGGCGGGGACGGUCAAUAUUCAUCCGGAUGCGAAGACGGGGGCGCAUCAUCAUGGACACCUCGAAUCUGUCAUCUACAUUCUCAAAGGCAAAGCUCGCAUGCGCUGGGGUGAGAAGUUGGAGUUCACAGCCGAAGCAGGUCCCGGAGACUUCAUCUAUGUACCUCCAUAUGUUCCCCACCAGGAGAUCAACGCGAGCGCAGACGAGAAGUUGGAGUGCGUGUUGAUGCGCAGCGACAGCGAGGCGAUCGCGGUGAAUUUGCCGGACUUGGAGCCGAUUGAGAAACCUACGACGGUGAAGUGGAUUGAUCCGACGCAUACUACAUAG